AUGUGCAUCGUAAACAACGACGACUUUCUUGACCUCCCUCGCGAGCUACAGGUAGCCAUCUUGAGCUUGCUUGAUAUCCGUGACUCAGUGGCCGUCACACGGGUCUCUCGGUAUCUUCACGCUCUCGUACAAAACACGCCGGCUCUCCAGUAUCCCAUUGAGCUCGCAGCAUGUGGGAUGUCUGACAAUCAAUCGAGCGCCACCGCCCUCUGCGAGCGCUUGAACAACCUUCGUCGGCAUGAUCGGACGUGGCGGACGUUGUGCUGGUCGCACGAUGUUCGGCUCUCUGUACCGUCAGGCGGCCGAAUGGAGAGUAAGCAGGGCUUGAUCACGAUCACGAAGGAGAGAGACCAUCCCGAGAGGGCUAUGGACAUUAUACAGCUGCCUUCCAAUGCGAGGAGCAUCGCACUCCGACGUUGGACCAUCAGGCCAGGUCGCGAGGACGACCCGGCUGGGAAUGGGCAAGUAUACGACGUCGACGCUUCGCAGGAUCUUCUUGUCAUUCGCCAUGGUGCGGCAGCAGCGCAUACAGUCUUCAACGUAUACUCGUUGUCAGAAGGCUUGCCACAUUCUCUGGCAGCUCGACCAAGAUUCAGUAUAUCCAACGCAGGAGGCCCUGGGGUGUUCAAUCGCUCGGUACUCGGCGCCCACGUCUGUCGGGAAUGGGUGUAUCUACCGGACGAGACCUUUCAGUUCUACAACUGGAGAACAGGCGCGCUCAGCGGAGAUUAUGACAAGCGCGGAACGCUGACCGAACCGGCCUUCCUGAGCGAUAGGUUCAUUGCUACGAUUGGAGUCGGCCUGGACCCCUCUCCGGCAGUUUUGCUCGUCCACGAGCUGCCCAGUUCAAACCCUCACGCGCCCCCGCUCUAUCCUACGAACGUCCCAAUCCUGGCACUCUUCCUUCCCGAGAUCGAUGGCGCGUUCACGGACGAUGACGACAGUGAAUGGGAACUCGUGGGCGGUUCUGCACAUUCAGCAGCCCCAAGCGCCCGCGCCAGUGGUGGAGACUUCUGGUCAGACGCCGACAAAACGCUAUUGCUCAUUCAUUUCCGCGUCCGAGGGCGCCACUACGAACUUCUGCUUCCAGCGCAGCGUGUGCUUGAGCUACUACCACCUCCGGAGAACAUCUCAAUGGGGCCAGGAUCCUUCGCUGCCCGAGAUGUUCCCUGGCCAGAUUGGGGACCGGAGCUAUCGCAUGUGCGAGAAUGUGCGCCGAGCGGAGGAGACAUGGAGGCGCUUCAGUCGAGCGUAUUUGGGAUGCGGCAUGUGAUUCACCAUCCGGUAGAGUGGGAAGAGAAGGCUGUCAUCCGCGUCAAUGACUACCAGUCUUCUCGAGUGUCCCGCGCAGAGGCGCACCAGACACCGUCGUGUGCCGUACGCCGAGUUCACAUCGCUGAGGGCGAGUGGGUCGAUGGUCCGGAGAUGCAGACCGAGCUGCCGUAUAUUGAGACGAACAUCGAACUGCCCGUAUCGUGGAGGGAAAUGGCGCCCGCCAAUAUCUUUGUAUCUAUCAACGAGGAUGGCAUACUGCUCAUCGAUCGAGAGAGCGGAGAAGUUGAGCACGGCGAGGCACACACGUUUUAG